AAAAGAAAAUUCAAUUUUUUAACGUGAAAUAUUAAAAGAAUACCAUUAAAUAUAUAUUUCAGAAUUUAAAUUACGCUGAAAUAACAUAAUAGAGGUUGAACAUGCUUCAAUUUAAAGUUUAAGGAUUAAAUUUGAAAUAUUCGAAUCGGCGGCUAAACGUCACCCAGCACUAAUGUAAACAAACCGUUUUUGAUCUAUGAGGAAUAAUUCGUUCUAUUUAAGAUAACAACAAAAGUUAUAUAACCGUGAUGGCAGCUUUCAAAGCGUAAAAGCAAAUGAAGUCUUAGCUGCACCAAUUUGAUGUUCCAUGUCAGCCUGAUUUAGAAGUUUCGGAGAUUCUUAAUACAGAAUGAGCAAGUCAAAGCAGUCAGCUGGUGAUCAUGAACUCAUUGAAAGUUUGAGGUUCAAAAUUAAAGAGUUAGAACAUGAGGUAUCAACAUUGAGAAGUAGACUGGAUGGACUACGGAAAGCCAAGAAUACAACCAUUACUAAACGAGAGAGAGAAGUUGUUGAAGUUGGAUUUAAAAGGGAUCCCCACUAUGAUGCCAAAAUUGAGGAACUAGAGAAAAAGCUUAAGGAAAAGAUGACCAAUAGCCGAGAAAUGGAAGAGUUGAAGAAACAACAUGCAGAGCAGCUUGCAGUUGCAGAGAAAUCUCGUCGUGACCUACAGAAACAACUGGACGAACUGUACGCCCGUAUGGAGACAGAGAGAAAGGAUUUAAAGGACAGACUAGAAAAGGAAAAGGGUAAGAAGGCGGACAACAAUGAUUCUGAGCUCUAUAAGUUGCGGACCAAAAUUGCUGAGUUGGAGGGGGACAAGUCUGCACUUAUGUUGGAGAGUAAUGAUUUGAAGGAGAGAGUUAACUCCCUUUGUCUGGAGCUCUCUGUAAAGGAGGCCAAAUGGUGUGAGAGGGAGGAGCAGUAUAAACUCAAGCUGAAGCAGCAGUGGGGAGACAAAUAUGCUGAGUGGAUGGCAGAGACAGAAAGGAAAAUUAAAGAAUUGGAGGAGACAAACCAAAUGUUGCGUAUGUACCUCCACCGUUCUGGUCAGGGAGUACCUGAAGAGGGGGCAAGGCACUCUUGACCACAGCCACUCACCUGCUGUAAUACCAUCCACUGCUGUUCAAAUUAAACAAAUUUGUUCUUCUACUAUACUAGGUACCUUAACAUUGUAAAACUUGAUAAAAAUACUCUCUUGUAUUGUUGUAUAAUCCUUAUUGUCAUUUACUUAGUAAAAAGAAGAAACAUGCCAAUGAACUGCACAACUAUACAAUUGUAAUAUAUAAAUGUUCAAUUAUCAUAGCAUUGGGAAAUCUGUCGUUUGAUAGAAUUAGAUGUAUCCUUUAAAGGCUUUUAACACUUUUUGCACAAACAUUGUAUGCUGUCCCCUAUUUCUCGUAAAUCUGAAGUCCAUUAUAAAAGAGGCUUUUUUGAGGGGUUUUAUGCGCUAUGAUUGAUAAGAGAUUUUUAACAGAGAUUUGUCAAUGAAAUAAAAAUUAUAUUUCAUUGUUUCAAUCAGUUCAAUAACAAUUUGAUAUUUUCACUGUUUUGAAAUUUUUGCCCGCACUCAAAUUCAGUUUAAAGACUAGUAUGCACAGGUCUAAAACACAAAUACCAUGAUGCCUUUUAUGUUUUGCAUAAUUUUCAGCGCCUUAAAAUUGAAUACAACAUUUCAUUUUAAAUCAUAAUGUAGGCAUACAAAACAAAUAAAAAAUAAAUGUUUAGGUGUAAGGGGUUGGGGUCUUGUAGUGUGAAUCACUGUAGAGAAUUGUUCCUCUAUAUUUUCACUCCAUGUUUAGUGUACAGAUUUCAAUAAAUCAUAAUAUAUGAUAUUAUAUAACAGUUAUUUAAACAAGUGUUCAUCUGUGUUCAACAAGACAAUAGAUGUUUGUACUAAAUGAAAUACAUGGCUGAUAACCAUCAACCUUGGUUGCUUUGCACUUAUGUUUGACAGGCUGCUCCUUGUGGGUAAUGCACACCAGCCACAAUCAUGAACAUGUCUUACAGGACUGCUCCUUGUGGGUAAUGCACACCAGCCACAAUCAUGAACAUGUCUUACAGGACUGCUCCUUGUGGGUAAUGCACACCAGCCACAAUCAUGAACAUGUCUUACAGGAUUGAUUUCAAACUUGAACAAUUUGGCAAGAGCAGAAAACUGAGCUGUAUUAUAUUUCAUUGAAUACAUGCAAUAUUUGCAUAUUUCCCUUGACUAUCUUACAUUUUUUUGUUAAAGUGCAAAAAUGUUUUGACAAAGCAAUGUAACAACUAAUUGAGAAGGCCAUGAUAGAUAAAGAUGGCUUUCAUAAUUCUGGCAAUUGAUAUAACUUCAUAAGGAUUAAAUUUUCGUCUUUUUUUAAUUUGAGUAGUGGCAAACUUUAGACGAAGUGAACAGAUGUUUUCCAUUGUUAAAAUAAUGUUGACCUCACAAAAUUCACUUAAGUCAACAAAUCAUGCUAAAAUGCUGUAGAAUUCAAACAGUUAUAUUAUAAUUACAGUAAUUAUAGCUACCAAGUGAAGUGAUUUGAUACAGCAUGUUGUGAUUUUAUGUUAGUAUAUUUUUAUCAGAAGUAUUUUUGUUGCCAUGGUAUUCAACUUUCUCCCCGAUACUAGAUCAAGUUGUAUAUUAUUGAGUACAGUUUUAAAUAGUUUGAUAUUGUGUUGCAGCUGCCUGUUUUUACAAGCUAUAUUAUAUAAAUAUUAUAUUAUAUAUAAGAUGCAACUGCUGAUGUAAAAAACUUACUGCUGAAACAUACUGUGAUAAUAUAUUUUAUACAAUGUUCACCUCGUUUUAAAGGCAUUCGUAUUUAGAGUCACAAAUAUAUAUAAAGCUAUAAAACAUUGUGUUAUAUUUUGUACCAAAUGUAUUUUUAAUUUAUUGUACAUGUCACAGCCCAGGAUUUCGGGCUCAAUGGUAAUUUUCUUUUAGGAAUUCUUAAUUCAAAAACGAUUUGUUUUUUCAAAAUCUGACUUUAAGCAGAUGAUUUUUUGAUACGACAUUAAUAUACAAGUAUAUUUUGUUUUAUCUUCAUGAAUAAUCAUGUUUUAUGAACUUAUAUAUGUUGUUUAUUACAAAUUAUUCAUUUACCGAAGAUCUCAAAGUUGUUGUUUUUCUGUCUGUGAUACAUGAAGUUUUUAUUGUUUUAAUUUAUAUGAAAGAGUUAUUUCGCAUGUGAGUAUACAUCUAAAUAGUGUUGAAAUAUUAUAAACUGCAUGUAAUUGCUUUUUUUCAUAUGCACAGGUAUGUGCACUCACGCAGGUUUUGUCGCAAAUAAAAUCUACAGUAUGACUAUACCAUAUUUCGACUGGAUAAUUUUGUGCUAAAUAUGAAGUGUCACGUCUUUUGUCGGUUUGUGAUUUAGAUUUUUUCUGUGUUUGUGUACUACU